AUGUUCCUCUCAAACAGAGCACCAGCGAAGCCGCUGCCCCGCUUCCAAACCAACACGCCGCUGGACUCGACCUUCGACCAGGACAUCCGCGACGUGCACCUCGUCUACGACUACGACGCCGAGGACGACCAGGGCAACCCGGAGAAGUGGCGCUACGAGAUGUGGUUCUUCUCCGAGGACCGCGUCGUCUACGCCAUCCACGGCGGUCCCAUGGCCGGCCGCGUGAACUACCAGGCCGCCACGUACCAGUGCAUCCGCCCCGGCGAGCUGUGGCAGGUCAACUGGCUCGAGGAGACGGGGACCGUCUGCUCGCUGGUGUACGACAUCCCCAACCAGAAGAUCUCGACGCUCAUUUCGUUUUCCCGGGGGCACUGGGAGAACCCCAAGGCGGCGCACGGUGACAAGCGGAACCCCGGCGACCUGGCGCGGUGGAGGGUGCUCGCGAGGUUCGGGCAUCAGAGCGACAGGCUGAUGCUGUCCGAGCAAGCGGACAUUGUGGAAAAGUUCAAGGGGAAGGGUGAUUUGGUGCCUAUUUCUGAAGACGCGGUGAUCUAUUGA